UGUUGUGUGCUUGUGUGUGUGUCGCUUAUGGCCGUGACUCCGAUGUGAUAAGCUGUUUUGAUUCCAGCCACAAUCGUUCGGUAAAUCACGGAGGUGAUCAAGAUGUCAGCCCUCUUAGCGCAGCUCGGGGGCAACCCUUUCAACACCGUGGUGGGCCAAAAAAUAGAGCAAGCAACAGAUGCUUCCCUGGCCUCUGAAAACUGGGCUCUCAACAUGGAGAUCUGCGACAUUGUCAACGACACUGAUGAGGGACCAAAGGACGCCAUCAGGGCCCUGCGGAAACGGCUGACGCAGAACGCCGGCAAGAACUACACAGUCGUCAUGUACAGCCUCACCGUGCUGGAGACUUGCGUAAAGAAUUGCGGCCGCCGCUUUCACCUGCUGGUGGCCCAGAAGGACUUUGUCCAGGAACUGGUCAAGAUGAUUGGCCCCAAGAAUGACCCCCCCACCGCCGUUCAGGAGAAGGUCCUCAGUCUUAUACAGAGUUGGGCAGAUGCUUUCCGCGUCCAUCCGGAGAUGCAGGGGGUGGUCCAGGUAUACAGCGACCUCAAGAACAAGGGUGUCGAGUUUCCCAUGACCGACCUGGACACCAUGGCACCCAUUCACACCCCGCAGAGGAGUGUGCCGUUGACCGCAGCGCCCCCGUCGACACUGCCCGGCGUGCGUGGGGUGGCGAUGGCCCCGGCGGGGGGCCCCGUGCGCCCCCUGCCACAGCAGGCCGCCGGGAUGGUGCAGGUGGGGUCGCUGCCCCCGAGCCCCGUCACCCUGGGUCCCGAGCAACUGGAGAAGCUGAAGCGGGAGCUGGAGGUGGUGCAGCGCAACAUGACCGUCUUCGGGGAGAUGCUCUCGGAGCUGGUGCCGGGGCAGGAGCAGCACAGCGACUGGGAGCUGCUGCAGGAGUUGCAGAAGACUUGUCACGCGAUGCAGACGAGGGUGGUCGAUCUCGUAGACAAAGUGGCCAACGAGGAGGUGACCGGAGAGCUGCUGCGACUGAACGACGACCUCAACAACCUGUUCCUGCGGUACGAGAGGUUUGAGAAGCGCAGGACUGCCAUCGUCACCGGCCAGGUGAAAGAAGGACCAGCGGUGCCAGUGCCAACCGAGGGUGCCGGUGCCAACGUGGGUCCGCUGAUCGACUUGGGCGAGCCGGAAGUCACCGACGACUUCCAGAAGCUUGCCCUGGGCGUGACUGCAAGCACAGGUUCAAACCCGGCGGCCAAACCCUCGGGCGACGAGUUUGACAUGUUUGCGCAGUCGCGGCACGUCGGCCUCGAGCCGGGCAAGGCUGG